AUGCGAAUUCGUCGAUGGUACUUUCGUAAAAAACGACUACAAUUUUUGGCUGGAGCAGAUGAUUACAAAAGCACUGAUGGAAAUGGGGAUAAGGAUAGUACUCCUGCAACUUCGUCCAAUUCUCGAGGAGGUACACCAUCUAGGGAAAAUAAAGCACGAGAGCGAGCUGCUUUGAAGGAAAAAGUAAGUGAAUUGCAAGACAAGUUUCAAAGAGCAAUGUUUAUGUAUUCUCAGUUAGAUAACGAGAAAUCAGCUUUACUGUACGAAAUUGAUCUGCUGAAAGACGACGUGGAAGAAAAAGAACAGCUUUUGUCACAGUCUAAUCGGGAAUCUCGAGAUUUGAUCUCGGAAGUAAAACUACUAAAGCGCACAGUUGAUGGUUUGAAUGCUCAACAUGCUAUUUUACGAACAGAAAUUGCACAACGUGAUCAAAUUAUACAGGAAAAUGGAUUAGUACUGGGAGAACGCGAAAAAUCUGACAAUGCGUUGACAAAUGGAACUGAGAAUUUGUCACAAUCCUUGCUAGUAUUUUCUCGGACAACGAUCGCACUCGUUGAAAAAGCAGUACCUGGUUCUUCAUCAAUAGAUGAAAAAGUAAAAAAAUUAGUUGAUGUGAAUAAAAAAAUGCGGCAGCAAGUUGAAGAAGCAGAACAGUCUUUGUAUACUAGAAGAACGGCUCGUGCUGAUUUCGUUAAUAAUGUGCAGAAUGGUAUACUCACCGAUGAAUUACAAAAAGAUGCAACCAAGCAACUAGCGGAUAUCAAAUUCAAAUUACAAGAAGCUGAACGUGAAAAUACUAAUUAUCAGGGCAAUCUAAUACGUGUAGAAGGACAAAUGAAAAGGUACAAAGCAGCAGCUGAACAAGCAGAAAAGGAACUUGUAGAAUUAAAGUCUCAAAAUCGGCAGCUUAAAAAAGAGCUUCGUGACAAAGAAAAUUCCCUGGACGAGGCUAAAGAAACUAAUCGUCAUUUGCAGAAUCGAAUUGAAAAGUUACGCUUAUCAAGCUCCAGACGACCUGCUCGUUUUCUCAAAUUAUUAUUUUAUUUUGGUAAUUCGAUGGAAUCUUCGUUUUUUGGUUCAAUUUUAAUCAUAAAGUUCUGUGACUAG